CAGCCCCAGUCCGCCUUUCCAGCCAUUAUCAGCCCCACUUCGCUGCUGCCUUCCACAUCCCGGACAUCCAUCCCCCCCACCUCGAUUCACCACCAGAUGCACCUUCUGUUUAAACCCCAGACUCCCUAGAAAGACCACGCAACAAUCACCACAAAUUCAUUGCAAUCGUAGAUCGCGUUGUUUCUCGCUUUGCUUCCUCACGCUGACGUUCGCUACUUAAUUAUAACAUCGCCAUACCAUCCAAUUCAUUACUUCCUUUAUACCGCCCAUCCAGUCCCAUUGAUCGACCCGAUUCCGCCGCUGACCGUCAUGUUGUCUGUUGAAGCCCCGUUUCCAGAUUAUCAUCGCAAAAGACUCCGAGAGGAGGAUGAAGAGGCCUCGGCCGGUAAUCCGGUUGGGUUCACUGAACACAGAAGCAAACGUCUCCAAUCACUCCCACUGAGAACAUCUCCAAACUCGAGACGAUGGAACGACCGGCCGAACUUUCCUCAACCGACCCCGACUUUUGCUAUGGCCUCCCAGGCUCAAGUCACUACACCGCAAGAGCCAAUUCAGGAACAGACCUGGGCCGAUGAGCCCGAAUUGGUUUCUGCACAACAAUCAUGUGUCGUGGCCAGCACAAUGGACAACGACAUGGACAUGAUGGAUACGUCAGAGGCAGCGCCGUCCGAACAGGGUUCAAUCCAGGCGGACCCUAGCGGUCCUAGCGUCAUGGGUCGCAUCCCGACACCCAUUCACUGCAGCUUUGCCGCGCAAGUCCGGGGUAACAACUGGAAAGGCGGCAACUCUGCGCAUGGGGACAUGCUUGCGACAACGCCAGAAGAGCCGAAUGCGGCGGCGUUUGGCAACAACGGGCUGGUAGGCAUGUCGCACCAGAAGUUCCCCGCAGCGACGGCUGCGCCGGCUAUGGCGGACUGGGGCAUGAUCCAGAACCGGCGGCUGCCCUCGCCUAUUAGCGAAUGUGGCGCCGAAGACAGUCAGGCAGGCAACAGAAUGGCGCUCGACUCGAUGUCUCAGCAUGGCGGUCACUUGAGCCACCUCACACACGAACAUCCCCUGGUAGCCGGGCUACCGCCGCGCGCAAGCUCGGCAAUGGAAGCACGGGCAGUACGUGAAGGCACUCCGGCGGCCGAGAGCCAGAAUGGAAACGCUAUGGACGUCGAGCCAUCAACUACACCAUCACCGAAGAAGGGGCACACGAGGUCGAAGCAUACAGUAAACUCGUGGACCGCACUGCAACCCGGCAUGACGCGAUCGUUCAGCAUAGGGUACCGGACCGACUGCGAACGGUGCCGGAACAAGGUGCCGGGCCACUUCAACCACAUCAUCAUUUCUUAGGAAGGCUAUGACGGCCGGUAUCGGAGUAUGGUUGAACCGGCGUCACUCAGGAUCCAGAAGAAACGGCCACAAGCCCGCCCUGCGGUGGCUUGUUGACAAGACGGAAGGAAUUGCAAGGAAUUGGAAGGGAAU